AUGCAAAAGGCAAUGAAAAGCGCAGAAUAUAUAAAAGCUAACAAUGACUGGUUAGAUGCCCAAGCCAACGCUAAAGCAGCCCAACUCAUAGGGUCAAUAAGGACAAAAAUACAAGCGGAUGAAGACAGUUCAAAUGAAACUUUAACAAAUGCUGACUUUAAGAACGCCUUCGAAGCUCUUCAUAGUAAGGUGAAACUAGUGAACGACUUCUCAUCUGGAAAGAAACUGAAGUCUGAAGGUUUCGACAAAGAGUUAAAAGAAGUAGCACAAAAUAUGACGAAAAUAACAGAUGCAGCAACGAGACAGGCAGUUCAAAGUGCCUAUGACGCCGUUAGAGCAACUGUUGUGAAAAGUCAAGAAAAAGAGUUACAACAGACCAAAACAGACCUAGUAAAUGCUUUCUUAAAAACGAAAAGUCAGGUAGGACAUUACGCUGCAGAUGGAACAUAUGUGCCAGCUGGUGGAACUUAUAUACCACCAAACCCUCCAAGAGAAGCACCUGCACCAGGACUACCUAAAACAUUUACAUCGUCACAUGGACACAGACACAGGCAUGCACCAAAACCAACACAACAACAACAACAACCAGCACAACAACCAACACAACAACCAGCACAGCAACCAACAGUUCAAAACCCUGCACAACAACAACCACAAACAGAGCAAGGACAUAAAAGAAGUAGAGAACAAGGAAACCAAGAAUUCUUAAAAAUGCUUAAAGAAGAGUGUGGUUUCCCAGAUAGUAUUGACUUUAGUGACAGAUAUAAAGAAGCUAUUGGAAAGUUCAAGGAUGGAAAUACUGACCCGAACCUAUUUAGCUUUAUGGCUCAGCACCAAAACGGAUAUAAUCUCAAACCUGGAAAAUACAAGCUCGCUAAGGGAUAUGAUUUAAUA